GCCCAGAAGCAUGCUGUGCCCAAGAAGGCCGUCAAGAAGAGCGUGCCGGCCGCCGCGGGGAAGGUGGUGAAGGUCACCAAACGCAAGGCGUACACCCGGCCGCAGUUCCGUCGCCCGCACACGUACCGCAAGCCGGCGACAGUCAAGCCCAGCAACAACCUGAGCGCGAUUCCGAACAAGUGGGACGCAUUCCGCGUGAUCCGCUACCCGCUGACCACCGACAAGGCCAUGAAGAAGAUUGAGGAGAACAACACGUUGACCUUCAUUGUGGACUCGCACGCAAACAAGACGGAGAUCAAGAAGGCCAUGCGCAAGCUCUACCAGGUGAAGGCGGUGAAGGUGAACACCCUCAUCCGCCCGGACGGCCUCAAGAAGGCGUACAUUCGCCUUUCCGCCUCGUACGACGCUCUUGAGACGGCCAACAAGAUGGGCCUGCUGUAA